GCUUGAGUUGUCAUUUUCCACAGGUUCAAUUUUGAUCUAUAAAUGGGUCUAGAAAACCAUCAGUACGCAUAAAAAACCAGCAAAGCAUAUUUAUUUUCUAGGUUUGAAGAACAGUGAAGUAUUCGAGUUCUGUAAAGCUGAUCACCAUAACCUUCUUACAGAUGUAAAUCAACAAAUGAAUGAUAUUUCUCUCAAAACAUUACGGCUAAAAAGUUCCGGCAUCCUGGAUUAUCUAAACAAUACUGAGACUGUAAUCAUUUUGGAAUCCUUCUUUAAAAAAAAAAUCCUAUUAUGAAGCAUAUGAAGCCAUGCGUUUCCUUCCCAAAACUUCUACAAUUUUGACCGUUUGAAGGUUUUUCUGUCGCCCUUAAAUUUCCAUGAUAUUUACAUCAUAGAGGCUUGUUGAAUUAUCCUUGAAUGCCUUAUUCUGAGCGUGCACAGGGCCAAUAUUGGUCCAGAUAAUUAUUAGUAGGCAUAGAAAACCAGCAAAGGUUAUUUAUUUUGUAGGUUUAAAGAACAAUGAAGAGUUCGAGUUCUUUAAAGCUGAUCGACCUAAUCUUCCUAUGAAUGCAAAUGAUCAAAUUAAUGAUAUUUCUCUCAAAACGUUAAGGCUGAAGAGUUCCGGCAUCUUUCACCAACUAAACAUUACUGAGAAUAAUGAAAAUACACCACCUAAUAUUAACGUCCUUAGCGAGCAGAAUGAGGAAACUCUUCAUGCUCCUGCUAAAUCAUUAAGACCUCAAUUAAAACAUAAAAGUUUGAGAAACAAUGAAGAAUUCGAGUUCUCCAAAGCUGAUAAAUCUAUCCUGCCUAUGGAUGCAAACAAGCAAUUGAAUGAUAUUUUUCUCAACAAAACGUUACGGCUGAAAAGUUCCAGCAUCCUGGACCAACUAAACAAUACUGAGACUGAUGAAAAUACACCACCUAAUAUUAAAGUUCUCAGCGAGCAGAAUGAGAAAACUGUUCAUGCUCCUGCUAAAUCAAUAAAACCCCGAUUAAAACAUAAAAGUUUGAAGAACAAUGAAGAAUUCGAUUUCACUAAAGCUGAUCAACCUAUUCUUCCUAUGGAUGCAAACAAGCAAAUUAAUGAUAUUUCUGUCAAAACGCUGAAAAGUUGCGGCAUCCUGGACCAGCCAAACAAUACCGAGACUGAUGAAAAUACACCACCUAAUACUAAAGUCCUCAGCGAUCGGAAUGAGGAAACUCUUCACGCUCCUGCGAAAUCCUUAAAACCUCGAUCGAAAAACGAUGAAGAAUUAGAAUUCUCUAAAGCUGAUCACUAUAACCCUAGAGAUGUAAAGGAUCAAAUGAUUGAUAUUUCUCUCAAAACGUUGCGGCUGAAAAGUUCCGGCAUUCUGGACCAACUGAACAAGACCGAUGAAAAUACGCCACCUAAAACUGAAGUUUCUACCGAAAAGAAGGAGGAAACUCUUCAUGCUUCUGCUGAAUCUUCAAGAUUAAGUAGUAAUGAUUGCACCUAUUAUCACAAUACUAAAGAAACAAAAAUCUCUAUCACGACUGAUUCUCGUGCUGAGUCAUCGCAACAAAGAGCAACCACUUCCAUGCCAACAGCCGUUUUCAAGAAAACAGAUGUUUGUAUAAGCUUUAAUUUUCCAAAUCACUUUGCUUCAACCCCAAUAAUACACAAAACCGUCAAAAUUAAACAGAUUAAUAUAACAGAUGAAAUAUCCAAAAUUCCUAAGGAUUUGUUGUCCUCCAAAUCUAAUACUUUAUCAUUACCCAAUAAUUAUUCUUCUGAAGAAACAAAUGAAUGCAAAGAUCUUGCAAUUUGCGAUUCCAAAUCAGAAAAUAAAAAAUCUUCUAAAGGCUUUGUCACAGUGAGCUCAAUGACAGACUUGAGCCUGUGGACAUCAAUGACACGAAUUUUUCGAACUGUUUUUGGAGGACUUCAUAGUCGGAGCAAAGAUGUUUUAGACGCUUCUAGCUCCAACUUGAACCGAGAUUCCUUUAAACGACCACUUUCAGAGUCAGACUCUAGUCCACCACAUGUAAAACGUUUCAAAUUUUCGGAUAUCAAAGGUCGCAGGCCUAUUAGAGAGCCAUUUGAGUUACCUUUCAGAGUGGCCCUAUCGAGGGCCCCAUCUUCUGACCGAGUUGCUACUUCAGGAUAUGCUAGGACAGUAUAUGAAGCUGGUCCAAGAUGCAAGAUUUUGUGGGACAGAGCUACCCAAACAGAUGAUUAUCUCAUGGAUGGAUGGCAGCCUCAACUAAAGUAAUGUUGCUGGAGAUCUUUUUUUUGAAAAUAAUUUUUUACCAUUUUACAUUCAGCAAAUAGACGACACAUUUGACAAAUUCAUGAAGAAAUUGUAAUUUUUUUCUCUUAUGUGUUUUGUAUUAGUUGUCUUGAAAAUUGUUUGUCAGUCGAUCUUAUUUAUACCAAUAUACCAUUUUAACGUUAAUAUAGUGGUUGCAAUUUGGAAUUUUCUAUAACGAAACCCUAGCUGGGAAAGAAAAAAACCAAAUCAACUACACAUA